CUCGCAACGCUGCUUUCAUUGAAAUAAAAAUUCAAGGAAUGGCGCCGAUUCGAUCCUUGGGCGUGUUCUUCGGCAUUGUUAUAUUUUAUUUAUUUGCUGUAAAGGAAGGCUCUGGCAUCAAAUGCUGGGUAUGCAGAUCACUAGAAGACCCAAAAUGUGCUGAUCCUUUUGACAACACAUCCACACCCUUUUUCGACUGUGCUACCUUUCCUGAAGUUACUCACCUACCCGGGGUGAAGGCAACUAUGUGCAGGAAAAUUCGACAGAAGGUGAAUGGAGAGUGGAGAUACAUCCGAUCUUGUGCCAGGCUUGGAGAGCCUGGUAUUGGUGGUGAUGAACGUUAUUGUCUCCAGAGAUCUGGGACUUUUAACAUUCACAUUGAAAGCUGUACCUGCAACAGCAAAGAUGGUUGUAAUGCUGCGAGCUCACUAUUACCUUGCAAUCUCAUGACAGCAGCAUUAAUUCCCUCACUUUUAGCCGUCCAGUACCUCAAAAGGUUGUAAUGUGUGUAAUCAAUCUGGUUUGUCAACAUCAUAGUAAAAUGAAUCUCAGCCCUUUUUAUUCAUUCCAUUCAAGCCGUCCAACCUCUUGAAUUUUUACGCCGUCCGUAAAGUGCCUUUUUAUCAGUGAAAUGACUACACACCUGUAGAAAAUAAACGAUUGUUUUUAUGUGCUGA